AUGGAGCCUGCCCCCGCAGAGCCCAUCCUUGCUGCAUCCAACGCCAGGUUCACAAUGUUCCCAGUCCAGUACCAUGAGCUAUGGAAACUGUACAAGGAGGCUGUGGCUAGCUUCUGGACCACAGAGGAGGUGGACCUCAGUGACGACCUUCCCCACUGGGAGAAGCUCACAAGCAAGGAGAGGUUCUUCAUCUCACGAGUGCUGGCAUUCUUUGCUGCCAGUGACGGGAUUGUCCUGGAGAACCUGGCCCUCAGGUUCUUUGCAGAGGUGCAGAUUCCAGAGGCACGGGCAUUCUACUCGAUGCAGAUGGCGAUUGAGACCAUCCAUUCCGAGCAGUAUAGCCUCCUCAUCGAUGCCUACGUGAAGGACUCUCAGGAGAAGGACGAGAUGUUCCGCGCCAUCGACUCCAUCGCAUGCGUCAAAAGGAAGGCGGACUGGGCAACCAAGUGGAUCGAGUGCGGGCGGUCGUUUGGAGAGAGGCUCGUUGCCUUUGCAUGCGUGGAGGGUAUCCACUUCUUGGGGUCCUUCUGUGCCAUCUUCUGGCUGAAGAAGCGGGGGCUCAUGCCUGGCCUUUGUUUUGCCAAUGAGCUCAUCAGCCGCGACGAAGGGCUGCACACAGACUUUGCGUGCCAGCUCUACGAGACCCUCCAGGAGAAGCUGCCAGCUCAGACCGUGAGGGACAUUGUCACUGAUGUUGUGAAGAUUGAGCAGGCUUUCAUCAGUGAGGCACUACCCUCUUCAUUGAUCGGGAUCAACGCUGGCCUGAUGUCAGAGUACAUUGAGUUUGUUGCUGACAGGCUCUGCCAGCAGUUAGGAUACGAGGCAAUUUACGGUACCGCCAACCCUUUCGAUUUCAUGGACCUUCAAAGCCUCGAUGGCAAGGCAAACUUCUUUGAGAGGAAGAUGGAUGCUGCUGCUAUCACCGUUGCACGGGCCGCCAAUCUGGCAACCUACGGGAACAACCACAACAAAGAAGCGCAAGGUCUGCGACCGAUCUCGCGUGCACUUCAGGAGGACGGCCGUCUCAAGUUCCACAAGUCCUUUGAGAAGGCUCUUGCUGACUUCUGCGUAUAUAUGCCCGGUUUCCCCGCGCUCGGAGUACAGCUCAAAACCACGGGUGUAAACUGGAUACAGAACCGUACAGACUACGAGUACUACAGCUUCUCGCAAACUGGUGGAUACGCUGGCCUGUUAAUGAUCUUCGUGGCCCUCCACACGCAGCCCCGCCGCAUCUGGCUUGCGGAUGGAUCCAGGGUGACCCGCAUGAAGGUUGUGAUUCCAGUAACCCUCCGGCGGGCCGUGAGGUGUGACGAAAUUCGAGAGAUAAAGCUCGCCACCCUGGCAGACGCAAUCUACACGAUCUAUAUGGCAGCCCUAUCAGGCUCUAGCAACUACGUGCUCCGCAGCCCAAUGGACCACGAGAAGCCCACGGAACGAAACGCCUUGGCGGAGUACAAUGCCUUCCAGCGUCUUCAGUGCUCAUUACCGGUCCUUUUCAUGGACCCUCCAGCCGAGUACCUGAGCUACGAUUAUAUCGUGGAUGGCAGAAGGUGGCAGCUGAAGUUGGCCCGAUACAAUCGUAAAUCUGAUUACUACUCCGUGGGCUGCCAUAAGCAAGCAGGCAGAGUGAACGGGAAGUGCACACAGAGGCAGUACGAAGUCGGCGAUUUUGAUUUCCUCUGCAUCCAACUCCCCGAGGCCCCCAAGACCUUGCACUGCUGCUACGUGAUCCCGCAGAGCAUAUUGGCCGAUCAUGAUCUCGUCGGCAACGCCACCAAGUCUUCCGGGGCUGUCCUUGUAUACCCGGAUCGACUGGUGACCGCCAGGAAUGCUGUGCACAAACAGGGCGUUCACUGGACGGAGACUUAUCGCAUCGAUUUUGCCCGUGACCCGUUGGCACAAUUGGCGCGCAUUACACAGGGAGCAUAUCAAAGGGCAGGGGUCAGCAGUCAGAGCUUCGCAGACAUGUCAAACAUUAGCGACGAGGAGUUUUGA